ACGCCUGCCACGUGACCAAGCAGUAAUAUGGCGGCUCCCAGGGAGCCCCAGUCCACGAGGUGUCCAGAACCGAUGGCCACAGUAACUGCUUCUGCAGCCGGCCCAGGGACUCGGGCCCCGGCAGCCUUAGCCCUGCGGGUGGUGGCCGAGUGCGGCCGCAGCAAGGCGCGGGCAUGCGAGCUGCGCCUGCCGCACGGCACCGUAGCCACGCCGGUGUUUAUGCCCGUGGGGACGCAAGGGACCAUGAAGGGAGUCACGGCUGCGCAGCUGGAUAGCCUGGGCUGCCGCAUCUGUCUGGGCAACACGUACCACCUGGGCAUGAGGCCGGGUCCUGAGCUCAUACAGAAGGCAGGUGGGCUGCAUGGCUUUAUGAACUGGAACCAAAACCUGCUCACGGACAGUGGUGGCUUCCAAAUGGUGUCACUGCUGGCGCUGUCCGAGGUGACCGAGGAAGGAGUGCGAUUCCGUUCCCCAUACGAUGGUGCCGAGAUCCUGCUGAGCCCAGAGAAGUCAGUGGAGAUUCAGAAUGCGCUGGGCUCAGACAUCAUGAUGCAGCUGGACGAUGUGGUUAGCAGCACUCUGACGGGCUCUCGAGUGGCUGAAGCCAUGCACAGGUCCAUCCGCUGGCUAGACCGAUGCAUCGCGGCCAAUCGACGACCCGACCAACAAAACCUAUUUGCCAUCAUCCAGGGUGGCCUGGACCCUGUUUUGCGGAGCAAGUGCCUUGAAGAGAUGACCAAGAGGGAUGUGCCAGGCUUUGCCAUAGGGGGACUGAGUGGAGGCGAGAGUAAAGAGCAAUUCUGGAAGAUGGUGACACUGAGCACAGACCGGCUGCCUCGGGAGAAGCCGCGCUAUCUUAUGGGCGUUGGCUAUGCUACUGAUCUGGUGGUCUGUGUUGCCCUGGGCUGUGACAUGUUUGACUGUGUCUUCCCCACACGCACUGCGCGCUUUGGGUCUGCGCUUGUUCCCACGGGGAACCUCCAGCUGAAGAAGAAGCAGUUUGCCAAGGAUUUCCGGCCCAUUGAUGAGGCUUGUACAUGCCCUACCUGUCAGAGGUACACCCGGGCCUUCCUCCAUGCUUUACUACACAGCAACAACACAGCUGCCUUGCAUCACGUCACCGUGCACAACAUCGCCUACCAGCUGCGGCUGAUGGAUGCCAUCCGGACGAGCAUUGUGGAGCACCGUUUCCCUGACUUUGUUCGGGACUUCAUGAAGACCAUGUAUGGAGAGCUUGGACGCUGCCCAGCCUGGGUUGUGGAGGCCCUGGAGUCAGUUGGCAUCCCUUUAAAUUGACCAGCUAUCCCAGUCUCCAAGCAGAGCCUUGCCCCUGAUCUGGGGGUGCUCCAGGGACAGGAACAUUGCCUCCAGGAACUAAAGCCAAGGCUGUGUGUGAAGAGGGAACCUCUGUGGGUUGGCCCAGGCCCCAGAGUAAAGACUGAAGUGUUUUCUUUUUUAUAGAAUCCCUCUAAGGGGAGAUAGACCUGGGUGUGUUCCUCCCACCCACAGCCACCCUGCAAGAAAGCUAUGUUUUACAUGA